UUUUGUUUAUAUUGUGAAAAAUAUACAUAAAAUUAUUUAUCUUGAAAAAGGGGAGGAUUUUCUUAAUUCAAUCCAUAUUAAUUUAAUAAAUUAUUACUAAAUUAAAGUAAUGGAUCAACCAAAUGAUUAUUUUCGUUAUAUCUACAGUUCAUCAUUGCAUGAAUUGGUACAAAUCAAAGUAGGCACUUUGGAGGGCAAAAAACGUCAGCCAGAUUUUGAAAAACUUCUAGAAGAUCCUAUAUUACGCUUUUCCGGCCUCUAUUCGGAAGAAUGUCCCUCCUUUCAAGUACGUUUGCAAAUUUUCAAUCAGGGUCGACCCUACUGCCUACCAGUUACCACUUCCUAUAAGUCAUUCACCAAACGUUGGAGCUGGAAUGAAUGGGUUACUUUACCUUUGCAAUUUUCACAUUUGCCACGUACUGCCAUGUUGGUGCUCACCAUACUCGAUUGUGCCGGUGCUGGCCAGACAUCUGUCAUAGGCGGCACUGCUAUAUCUCUCUUCGGUAAAAAUGGUAUGUUUCGCCAGGGUAUGUAUGAUUUAAGAAUCUGGUUAGGUGUAGAGGGCGAUGGUAGUUAUCCCUCUAAGACACCCGGCAAGGGUAAAGAUUCUUCAAAAUCCCAAAUGCAACGUUUGGGUAAAUUGGCGAAAAAACAUCGUAAUGGUCAAAUACAAAAAGUUGAUUGGUUGGAUCGUCUAACAUUUCGUGAAAUCGAAUUGAUUAAUGAACGUGAGAAGAGAAUGUCGGACUAUAUGUAUCUAAUGAUUGAAUUUCCCACCGUAGUGGUAGAUGAUUGUUAUAAUUAUUCUAUUGUGUACUUUGAACCGGAGGGUGAUAAAAAUUAUAAAUUUUUAAGUAAACCAAAAUUGGUUACUGUUCCAGAUUCGGAAAUUUUACAGGAAAACUUAGUAGAACGAAAACAUCAUCGUUUGGCUCGUUCCGAAAGAUCUAGGAUCUCUGAUCGUGAUGCUAAACCUACCGCCAGCAUACGCGAUCAAUUACACACUAUUGUGUAUCGUUAUCCACCCACUUGUGUUUUGAAUAGUGAAGAACAGGAUUUAUUAUGGAAAUUUCGUUUUUAUUUGUGUUCUCAUAAAAAAGCUUUAACGAAAUUCUUGAAAUGCAUCAAUUGGGAAACUCAAGCCGAAGUACAGCAAGCCUUAAUUCUUCUAAGUAAAUGGGCUCCUAUGGAUGUUGAAGAUGCCUUAGAAUUGCUUAGUCCAGCUUUUAAACAUCCUCAAGUGCGUAAAUAUGCCAUAAGUCGUUUGGCACAGGCUCCCGAUGAAGAUUUAUUAUUAUAUUUACUGCAGCUAGUGCAAGCUUUAAAAUAUGAAAACUUUUCCGAUAUAAUGGAAUCGCACAAACGUUUUUUUCCCGAUCGUGAUAUAGUACGUUCUUUGGACGAUAAUUCUACACUAUUCGAUCAGAGUUCUUUGUGUUCAGAAGUUAGUGUGGGUGCUGCUGGAGCGGUGGCGGGUGGCAGCACUUCUUCUCUACUAACAACAACACAACGCAAUAACGUACAACGUGCUAAUGUUCAAAUUGAACGUUCUUCAACCAUGCCCAUGGCCAUCUCAGUUAAUUCUUCAUUAGCCGAUGAAAAUGAAACUUCUAUUGGUUCUUUAACAUCUGAUGUAUCGAACACUCUAAUGAGUGAUACCAACACCAAUGUGCAAUAUUCUACAAUGGCCAAUUCUGCCACUAAUCUGGCCACCUUCCUCAUACAAAGGGCUUGUAAAAAUCCCACUUUAGCCAAUUAUUUAUAUUGGUAUCUAUCGAUUGAAGUGGAAGAUCAAGAGUCUAUACGUAAACAGGAUGAAAGAGUACAUGAAAUGUAUGAUAUGGUUUUGAAAAUGUUUAUGAAAGUUUUAGAAAAUGGUAACUUUCAUUUGCGUGGCAUUUUCUAUAAUCUUAAGAAACAGCAACGUUUUAUUGAUGAAUUGGUGCGUUUGGUAAAGAUUGUAGCCAAGGAAACGGGUAAUCGUAAUAAGAAAACGGAAAAGUUUCAAAAACUUUUAAAUGAAACGGAUACAUUUAAAAUAAAUUUCACCAACAUUGAUCCCAUACCAUUUCCUUUGGAUCCGGAUAUUUAUAUAACGAAAAUUGUACCCUCAAAGACGUCACUGUUUAAAAGUGCUCUAAUGCCGGCCAAAUUAACCUUUGUCACAUCUAUAGCCUCUCACGAGUAUGUGGCCAUUUUUAAACAUGGUGACGAUUUACGACAAGAUCAACUUAUACUACAAAUGAUAACUCUAAUGGAUAAAUUAUUAAGACGUGAAAAUUUAGAUCUCAAAUUAACACCCUAUAAAGUGCUGGCCACUAGUUCAAAACAUGGUUUUCUACAAUAUAUAGAUUCGUAUACAGUGGCCGAUGUAUUGGCACGUGAAGGCAGUAUACAUAAUUUCUUUCGUAAACACAAUCCAUGUGAAUCGGGACCUUAUGGUAUAUUACCAGAAACCAUGGAUACUUAUAUAAAAAGUUGUGCAGGUUAUUGUGUGAUCACUUAUUUAUUGGGCGUGGGAGAUCGUCAUUUGGAUAAUCUACUGCUGACCACUAAUGGCAAACUAUUUCACAUUGAUUUCGGUUAUAUAUUGGGUCGUGAUCCCAAACCAAUGCCACCUCCCAUGAAGUUAAGCAAAGAAAUGGUUGAAGCUAUGGGUGGUGUUAGCUCCGAACAUCAUCAUGAAUUCCGCAAACAAUGCUAUACAGCAUAUUUACAUUUGCGGCGUCAUGCAAAUGUUGUUUUAAAUUUAUUCUCUCUUAUGGUAGAUGCCUCGGUACCCGAUAUUGCUUUAGAACCCGAUAAGGCUGUCAAAAAGGUAGAGGAAAAUCUUCAACUAGGUUUAACCGAUGAAGAAGCCGUUCAACAUUUACAGGGUCUUUUGGAUAUAUCGAUAACGGCUGUUAUGCCAGCCUUAGUAGAACAAAUACAUAAAUUGGCUCAGUAUUGGCGCAAGUAGAUAGUGUUAGUUUUUAAGUAAAAUAUUAUAUAUAAAUAGCAUAUAAUCCUAGAAGUUAUCAAUAUAAAUAUAAUAAAUAUUUAAAAUCUUAAUUUGAAAACUUAA